AUGUGCUACCCCUCCCAUCAGAUCGCCCCCCACCCCGUGCCCAUCAUCUAUGCCUCUCCUCCGCUCCAUCAGACCCAAGCCGAUCAGGCCCACAAUCGACACCAACGUCCGGAGCUGCAAAGUUUUCAAUCGUCCUCCUGCUCAGAUGGGAGAAGUCUAACUGAAGUCAUCAACGCGGCUCGCAAGGCAUCGCUGGAUGAGCAGCCCAAGCGGAGCUCGAAGUCGCCGGCGUCGAUCAACGAGACUUACCAGUCAUCGAACCCGCAUUCGCGCAGGAUGUCGUUCGACGACCCGUCGGCGGCCUCCUUGGGCCAUUCUGAGCCCAACCAUCCGAGACUCUCCUCCGCCGGAAGUCGGGCCGAUUACUUCUCCGAUCCUCACUACACUUAUGGUGGGCUCGUCGAUCUCAAAUAG